AUGUCGGAUUUAUUUUUAGAAUCGGAGCACGCGGAGCUGUACCGCAAGUACCGACCGAAAUAUCCGAAAAGUAUAUUCGAGAUUAUCGAUCGCAAACUUACGGAGAAUACUGCUAAACUGCCUAAUGAUCUGAAAGAAUUUUUUAUAGUACUUUAUCAAUUUUUCUGUUUUAACGAGAUUAAACGAAGCCCCUUGAACACAGGACACAAGCGAAAUGAGUUCAACCGUUGGAUAACUGCCCUGGACGUCGCGUGUGGAACGGGGCAAGCCACUCUAAUGUUGGUGGAUUUCGUGCAGGAGAUUGGGGGAAUCGAUGCCAGCGAAUCGCAGAUUCAUCAAGCCAGGCUGGAAUAUGGCAAUAAAGAUCCAAUUCGGGUGACUUUCAUGUGCGAGAACGCACUGAACAUAUCACAGAAGUUCCGUGAUGGGAGUGUCGAUUUGAUUCUUGUGUGCCAGGCGGUUCAUUGGAUAGAUAGGGACAAGCUUUUCAAGGAAUGUUUGAAAAUUUUGCGACCUGGAGGUGUACUGGCUCUCGUGGGGUAUGGUUUACCCGUGCUGAAAGAUGAAAAACUUGAGGAAAUGAAUAAAGAGUACUUGGGUGAGUCGCGGAAGACCAUAGCUACUGUGAGGUCUCACGUUGAAAAUAAGUAUUCGGAAAUCUUCAAAGAACUCGAAAAUUAUUUCCCCAAAGUUGAAAGAGACGACACCGUAGUUGAGAACUUGGAAUCUACAGUCGAUGAGUUUGUUGGAUAUCUGAGUACCUGGAGCAAUUAUAGAGCUUACAAAAGGACUAACCCACCACAUCCAGACGUUCUUGAAACUUUCAGGGAAAAAUUGAAGAAAUUCAUCCCCGAAGAAGACAAACUAAUAAAAAGAUCGUUCGAUUAUUUUGUCGUCUUUGGCUUGAAAUAA